AUGGCAUGCUGGAUUUUGAAUGAAAAACUCUCAGUCCUAUUAUUAUUGGUGUGGCUGGGCUUGAAUUUAUAUCUGUUUAUUGAUACCUUCUGCUGGUAUGAAGAUGAAGAUGCUUACAUUUAUACACGGAUUAUGCUGGGAUCAACCUUGGCUUGGGCGAGAGCUUCUGCAACGUGCCUUAAUUUUAACUGCAUGCUAAUCCUGUUACCAGUCAGUAGAAAUCUUAUUUCAUUCUUAAGAGGAGCAAGCGCUUGCUGUGGAGGAGCACCAAGGAGACAGCUUGACAAAAACAUCGCAUUUCACAAGGUGGUUGCCUAUGGAAUAGCUGUAAAUGCAACCAUCCACACUGUUGCCCACUUGAUCAAUAUAGAGCGGUAUCAUAACAGCCAGUCGAAGGAAGCAGGGGGGCUGCGGAAUAAACUUUCUGGCAUUGGCAAGAGGCCAAAUGAAAGCUACCUGAACCCGAUCAGGACCUAUGAAACGAACAUAACAGGAGAGGUACUGACCACCAUAGCUGGAGUAACAGGAGUUAUGAUAACUGUGGCUUUUGUUCUGAUCGUGACUUCAUCCACAGAGCUCAUCAGAAGGUCGUGCUAUGAGGUGUUCUGGUAUACCCACCACCUCUUUGUGGUUUUCUUUAUUGGUUUAAUAAUCCAUGGUACAGGUCAGCUAGUCCGGGGUCAGACACCUCACAGUCUGCUGCUUCACAACAUCACUUACUGUAAAGAACACUACUUGGAAUGGGAGAAAACCACUCAGUGUCCUUUGCCGCAGUUUUCUGGUAACAAACCUGUGGCUUGGAAAUGGGUUGCGAGUCCUGUGGUGCUGUAUAUCUGUGAAAGAAUUGUUAGAUUCUGGAGAUUUCAACAGGAGGUAGUCAUUACUAAGGUGGUGACACAUUCCUCUGGAGUCCUAGAGCUUCACAUGAAAAAGCGUGGCUUUAAAAUGGAAGCGGGUCAGUAUAUCUUUCUGCAGUGCUCAUCGAUCUCACCACUGGAGUGGCACCCCUUCACCCUCACCUCAGCUCCUGAGGAAGACUUCUUCAGUGUUCACAUCAGGGUAGCUGGGGACUGGACUGCAGCCCUCUUCAAGGCUUUUGGAGCAGAGGAGAAAACUUUCAAGGAGUUGUGGAUGUUACCAAGAUUAGUUGUGGAUGGACCAUAUGGAUCUGCAACCACAGAUGUUUUUCGCUAUGGAGUGAGUGUGUGCAUUGCAGCCGGGAUAGGAGUCACACCAUUUGCCUCUAUUUUAAAAUCCAUUUGGUACAAGUGCUGCAGUCCUCACACAGUAUUGGCGCUGCAGAAGGUUUAUUUUUACUGGAUUUGCCGAGAUCCGUCCACAUUUGAGUGGUUUGCUGAUCUUCUGUUCCUUUUGGAAACAAAAAUGGUUGAAAAAGGGAAAAAUGAUUUCCUAAGUUAUCACAUAUUUCUUACUGGCUGGGACGAAAGUCAGGCUACUCACAUAGCCCUGCAUUAUGAUGAGAAAGUGGAUGUAAUUACUGGUUUGAGGCAGAAGACCUUCUAUGGAAGGCCAAACUGGGACAAUGAGUUCAAGCAGCUAGCUGAAAACCAUCCUAGCAAUAGUAUUGGAGUAUUCUUCUGCGGACCCAAGAAUCUCUCUAAGACCCUUCAAAAGAUGUGCAACUCAUAUUCAACCGUUGAUCCAAGAGGAGUUCAAUUUCACUACAAUGAAGAAAGUUUCUAA